GCCAGGACACGUCUCUUCAGCUGUGUUUUCACCUCAGGUGGACUGUAUCUGUACUGUAUUUAGGGACAAGACCACACUCUGUGGCAUUGGAGUACCAGAUCAGCUCACACAUCUGGAUACAAUAUGGAGAUUAGAACUACCUGUCUGCUCAUGACACUGGUAAGGUUUGAUGUUUGAGAUCAAUCUGCUGAAUAGAGGGUCCAUGGACUGAUGGGCAGACACAGUGGCUUAUCAUGCUCAACCAUUCAUUUGGAUACAGUUUGGAAUGGGACUUUCUGUGUUCUUUCAGACCAGGAUUUAAAUAGCAUAUUUAAAUCUAAUUUAUCAUACUGAUUAAGCAACCAGAGUUAAAGCAUUUCUUGUUGAAUAUAUAGUGCUUUAGAUCUUUGGGUCUGGAAGGUGGGUAAAAUCUGGAAUCAUCAAAUUUUUUUGCAGUGUUUAGUACCUUAAUAAUUCAUGUUAUUUUCAUCAAAACCUGAAUUGCAAUAACCAGUAGGUCAAGUCAAUAUACUGUAUAAGGAAAUGCACUUAUAUUGAUGCUUCAAGGUAUGUAAUUAUCUCAUGACAAUGUGUGAGGGAAGACCUAAACAACCAAGUAACAGGACCUCACAGGGUCUAAUAACUAACACUAAGGCAACCAAAAUACUUCAUGCUAUCAUUUGCCUUCUCUCUCAUGGUCAAAGUAUAGUAAAGUGUACGUUGACACGUUUACAUAAUGAGAGAAUCAUGAGACCGGUCCCCUUUACAGGUGUGACCAGUAAGAUGGCGAUUAAGAUUGUGGUGAGAUGAGCUCAGCUAAGAGUCUUUAUGUUCCCAUGGCUUUCAGUCCCACAGACAGAGGGACUCACAUUCAGCCCCAUUCAUUCUUAUGUACACUUUAACCGUACAUUAUUGGGGCACUACUCACAAUAGAGACAGGCUCACCUUUCAGGGGAAUACCUUUUUUCUAACCAAUGUAUCUAUUCUUGUCUGGUUUGCUCUGUAGUGUCUGGGGAUUGUCAGUGUGUCCUGUGAAGAGUUACUGCAUCGGCAGAAGAGAGUCUGGAUCAUAGACUCUUUUAAGAUCGAGGAGGAGAGGCCCGGACCUUAUCCUCAUGUACUGGGGAAUGUAAGUAAAGAUCACAAACUCUUUUGUCGAGAGGGAAACACCUCCUUUUUCCAUGUAAUCACAUAUCACCCAAACACACCCACAUGCCCGCACAAACAUACAUGGUCGGACAGGCGGGCGGACGGACAAGUGUGCACAUGCACACAAACAAGGUCAUGCACUGAAUGGAUGUUUUGUUUCAGAUUAACGUAGAGAAGAAGUUCCGUGUGGGUUUCCAUCUACAUGGCCAAGGUGUUGAUCUGGACCCCAAAGGAAUACUGUCCGUCAAUACAAACACCGGAGAGAUCUUAGUUCAUGGAAAACUAAACUACGAGGAUCACAAUAAACUUAAGGUGGGAGAGAAUGGCACUCAUUACCCAUAAAAUUAAAUAAAUAAAAUAAAAAAAACAUUUAAAAAACAUUUCAGGAUACAUGUGACAAAUUUACAAUUGGCCAAAUAUUUUAUUUGAAAAAAUUAUAAUUCUAUACAUUUUAAAUACACUGAAUUUUUUUUGUCUGAGACCAACCACCCGGACAGCUGAUGAAACUGUGGGUUUGCACUACCGAAUAAUUUCUGCACAAACUGUCAGAAACUGUCUCAGGGAAGCUCAUCUGAGUGCUCGUCGUCCUCACCAGGGUCUUGACCUGACUGCAAUUCAGCGUCAUAACCGACUUCAGUGGGCAAAUGCUCGCCUUCAAUGGCCACUGGCACACUGGAGAAGUGUGCUCUUCACGGAUGAAUCCCAGUUUCACCUGUACUGGGCAGAUGGCAGACAGUGUGUGUAUGGCGUCGUAUGGGCAAGCGGUUUGCUGAUGUCAACGUUGGGAACAGAGUGCCCCAUGGUGGCGGUGGGGUUAUGGUAUGGGCAGGCAUAAGCUACAGGCAAUGAACACAAUUGCAUUUUACCAAUGGCAAUUUGAAUGCACAGAGAUACCGUGACGUGAUCCUGAGGCCCAUUGUUGUGCCAUUCAUCCGCCACCAUCACCUCAUGUUUCAGCAUGAUAAUGCACGGCUCCAUGUCUGUACACGAUUCCUGAAAGCUGAAAAUGUCCCAGUUGUUCCAUGGCCUGCAUACUCAUCAGACAUGUCACCCAUUGAGCAUGUUUGGGAUGUUCUGAAUCGACGUGUACGACAGCGUGUUCCAGUUCCCACCAAUAUCUAGCAACUUCGCACAGCCAUUGAAGAGGAGUGGGAAAACAUUCAACAGGCCACAAUCAACAGCCUGAUCAACUCUAUGCGAAGUUGAUGUGUCACGCUGCAUGAGGCAAAUGGUGGUCACACCAGAUACUGACUGGUUUUCUGAUCCACGGCACUACUUUUUUUUUAAGGUACAGUGUCUGUGACCAACAGAUGCAUAUCUGUAAGGGUUGGUGAGAGGUGUGACCCAGGUGUGGUGCAGGAUAGACAGUAGGCAGUAGGCAGAGAUGGUGAAACAAGGAUCUUUACUGGUGGUCCCAAAACCAGGAUACAAAAUAACGGACUUGUCACAAAAAAAUAAAGGAGGGGCAAAUUGGUCUCCAAAAAGAGGCUGACAGCAAACAUAUGUAAUACUAACUAAGACUGACAAUAACAAUGAAAGAGGGAGAACACUUCUCAAGUACCUGUACAUACGUCUCGUGAUCAGACACUGAUUAGUACUGUUUGGCAUCGAGAACUAGCAGAGAAAACAGAGCAAGGGAACACAGGGAAGUGAGGGCAUAAAUACACAGGUGAACAGGUAGACACAGGUGACACCAAUAAGAUAAUGAUUAGUCCAGACUGUGAGUGAGGAGGUGCCUAAGGUUGUCGGAGGAUGACACCUAGUGGGUCGCUCCGGAACUGCGACCCCCUCCUGUAACACAUAUCUGUAUUCCCAGAAAUAGAUUAGGGCCUAAUGAAUUUAUUUCAAUUGGCUGAUUUCCUUAUAUGAACUGUAACUCAGUAAAAUCUUUGAAAUUGUUGCAUGUUGCGUUUAUAUUUUUGUUCAGUGUACAUUCCAACGUAUAUUACGGAAUGUAUUGGCCAGUUUUAUUGCUUCUUUAAUCAGCACAACAGUUUUCAGCUGUUCUAACAUAAUUGUAAAAAGGUUUUCUAAUGAUCAAUUAGCCUUUUAAAAUGAUAAACUUGGAUAAGCAAACACAACGUGCCAUUGGAACACAGGACUGAUGGUUGCUGAUAAUGGGCCUCUGUACGCCUAUGUAGAUAUUCCAUAAAAAAUCAGCAGUUUCCAGCUACAAUAGCCAUUUACAACAUUAACAAUGUCUACACUAAUCAAUUUGAUGUUAUUUAAAUGGACAAAAUAAUUGCGUUUCUUUCGUAAAUAAGGACAAUUCUAAAUGACCCCAAACUUUUGAACGGUAGUGUAUAUAUAAAUGUAUGUCAAAUGUAUAUCACAAUAUAUGUUAAAUGCAUUGGAACAUUUAUUUAAUGUAUUUCAAAAUACAUUCUUAGUGAUAUAUUUUACAUAUAUUCCAACAUGCAUUUAAAUGUAGUUGUAAGAAAUAUAUUUUUUUCUUCAAAUGUGUAGCAAUAUAUUUUUAUUUCUUUUGCCAAAUCAUAUUGUAACAAAAUGGUGACUGUCUUCACAAUUAAACUUUAGUAGGCUAUUAUAAUUACAGACCACAACAUAACACAUUAACAGGCAUGACAAUCCGGACUCAUGGGAGGUCAAAAGGCAUGAAGACAAAGCCACGCCCCCCCAACCAGCCACACCUCCAAAUCUUUUAAUAGGUUACCGCCACUACAAUAUAUUUGUUCAAAAUGACUACGAAAUUAUUACAAACAUGAUACAUUAUCGGUCAUGUAGUGACUCCAUAUCUUUCAUGUGCAUAUGACAAAUAAACAAACAAACUUGACGAGAGCAUUGCAACCAACGUCCAACUGGCAGAACUUAACAUGUACUGGGUCUUUCUACGAAAUGAGUGCCCUUUGCGUCCCUUUAAUAUGUUACAUAGAAAUACUGCAACAAUAUAGAAUUUUAUGUUAUGUUAAAUGAAGUGCCCUUUAAUAUAUACCACAUGAAGAAUUAAAUAAAUCAUAUUUUCAAUACAAAUAAAGACUUGCUAAAGUAUAAAAAUUCUGAAUUUUGACAUCCCUCUGCACACCCACUGUGACUUCUAGGAAGAAUUUACCCCACUAACCUCCCAAAAUACUAAAAGUUUUCACCAUCAUUGUAAAGCCCUAGUUACUGUGUUGCUUUGACAAAGUUAUUUCUGAAGAUUAUUUCAUGUGAUUAUUUUUAUUUUUAUUUUUAUUUCACCUUUAUUUAACCAGGUAAGCCAGUUGAGAACAAGUUCUCAUUUACAACUACGACCUGGCCAAGAUAAAGCAAAGCAGUGCGAUAAAAACAACAACACAGAGUUACAUAUGGGGUAAAACAAAACAAAGUCAAACAUACAACAGAAAUAAGUAUAAAUACAGUGUGUGCAAAUGUAGCAAGUUAUGGAGGUAAGGCAAUAAAUAGGCUAUAGUGCAAAAUAAUUACAAUUAGUAUUAACACUGGAAUGAUAGAUGUGCAAGAGAUGAUGUGCAAAUAGAGAUACUGGGGUACAAAUGAGCAAAAUAAAUAACAAUAUAGGGAUGAGGUAGUUGGGCGGGCUAAUUUCAGAUGGGCUGUACAGGUGCAGUGAUCGGUAAGGUGCUCUGACAACUGAUGCUUAAAGUUAGUGAGGGAGAUAAGUGUCUCCAGCUUCAGAGAUUUUUGCAAUUUGUUCCAGUCAUUGGCAGCAGAGAACUGGAAGGAAUGGCGGCCAAAGGAGGUGUUGGCUUUGGGGAUGACCAGUGAGAUAUACCUGCUGGAGCGCAUACUACGGGUGGGUGUUGCUAUGGUGACCAAUGAGCUAAGAUAAGGCGGGGAUUUGCCUAGCAGUGAUUUAUAGAUGGCCUGGAGCCAGUGGGUUUGGCGACGAAUAUGUAGUGAGGACCAGCCAACAAGAGCGUACAGGUCACAGUGGUGGGUAGUAUAUGGGGCUUUGGAGACAAAACGGAUGGCACUGUGAUAGACUACAUCCAAUUUGCUGAGUAGAGUGUUGGAGGCUAUUUUGUAAAUGACAUCGCCGAAGUCAAGGAUCGGUAGGAUAGUCAGUUUUACGAGGGCAUGUUUGGCAGCAUGAGUGAAGGAGGCUUUGUUGCGAAAUAGGAAACCGAUUCUAGAUUUAACUUUGGAUUGGAGAUUCUUAAUGUGAGUCUGGAAGGAGAGUUUACAGUCUAACCAGACACCUAGGUAUUUGUAGUUGUCCACAUACUCUAGGUCAGACCCGUCGAGAGUAGUGAUUCUAGUCGGGUGGGCGGGUGCAAGCAGCGUUCGGUUGAAGAGCAUGCAUUUACUAGUGUUUAAGAGCAGUUGGAGGCUACUGAAGGAGUGUUGUAUGGCAUUGAAGCUCGUUUGGAGGUUUGUUAACACAGUGUCCAAUGAAGGGCCAGAUGUAUACAAAAUGGUGUCGUCUGCGUAGAGGUGAAUCUGAGAGUCACCAGCAGCAAGAGCGACGUCAUUGAUAUACACAGAGAAAAGAGUCGGCCCAAGAAUUGAACCCUGUGGCACCCCCAUAGAGACUGCCAUAGGUCCAGACAACAGGCCCUCCGAUUUGAAACAUUGAACUCUAUCAGAGAAGUAGUUGGUGAACCAGGCGAGGCAGUCAUUUGAGAAACCAAUGCUAUUUAGUCUGCCAAUAAGAAUGCGGUGGUUGACAGAGUCGAAAGCCUUGGCCAGGUCAAUGAAAACGGCUGCACAGUACUGUCUAUUAUCGAUCGCGGUUAUAAUAUCGUUUAGGACCUUGAGCGUGGCUGAAGUGCACCCAUGACCAGCUCGGAAACCGGAUUGCAUACCGGAGAAGGUACGGUGGGAUUCGAAAUGGUCGGUGAUCUGUUUGUUAACUUGGCUUUCAAAACUUUUGAAAGGCAGGGCAGGAUGGAUAUGGGUCUGUAACAGUUUGGAUCUAGAGUGUCACCCGCUUUGAAGAGGGGGAUGACCGCGGCAGCUUUCCAAUCUCUGGGGAUCUCAGACGUUACGAAAGAGAGGUUGAACAGGCUAGUAAUAGGGGUUGCGACAAUUUUGGCGGCUAGUUUUAGAAAGAAAGGGUCCAGAUUGUCUAGCCCAGAUGAUUUGUAGGGGUCCAGAUUUUGCAGCUCUUUCAGAACAUCAGCUGUCUGGAUUUGUGUGAAGGAGAAGCGGGGGGGGCAUGGGCAAGUUGCAGCGGAGGGUGCAGAGCUGGUGGCCGGGGUAGUGGUAGCCAGGUGGAAAGCAUGGCCAGCCGUAUCAAAAUGCUUGUUGAAAUUCUCGAUUAUUGUAGAUUUAUCGGUGGUGAUAGUGUUUCCUAGCCUCAGUGCAGUGGGCAGCUGGGAGGAAGUGCUCUUAUUUUCCAUGGACUUUACAGUGUCCCAAAACGUUUUGAAGUUAGUGCUACAGGAUGCAAAUUUCUGUUUGAAAAAGUUAGCCUUUGCUUUCCUAACUGCUUGUGUAUAUUGGUUCCUAACUUCCCUGAAAAGUUGCAUAUCGCGGGGGCUAUUUGAUGCUAAUGCAGUACGCCACAGGAUGUUUUUGUGCUGGUCAAGGGCAGUCAAGUCUGAGGAGAACCAGGGGCUAUAUCUGUUCUUAGUUCUGUAUUUUUUGAAUGGGGCAUGUUUAUUUAAGAUUGAGAGGAAAUUACUUUUAAAGAACAACCAGGCAUCCUCUACUGACGGAAUGAGAUCUAUAUCCAUCCAGGAUACCUGGGCCAGGUCAAUUAGGAAGGCCUGCUCGCUGAAGUGUUUUAGGGAGCGUUUGACAGUGAUGAGGGGUGGUUGUUUGACCGCGGACCCAUUACGGACGCAGGCAAUAAGGCAGUGAUCGCUGAGAUCCUGGUUGAAGACAGCGGAGGUGUAUUUAGAGGGUAAGUUAGUCAGGAUGAUAUCUAUGAGGGUACCCAUGUUUACGGAUUUAGGGUUGUACCUGGUAGGUUCUUUGAUAAUUUGUGUGAGAUUGAGGGCAUCUAGUUUAGAUUGUAGGAUGGCCGGGGUGUUAAGCAUAUCCCAAUUUAGGUCACCAAGCAGUACGAACUCUGAGGAUAGAUGGGGGGCAAUCAAUUCACAUAUGGUGUCCAGGGCACAGCUGGGGGCUGAGGGGGGUCUGUAGCAAGCGGCAACAGUGAGAGAUUUAUUUCUGGAAAGGUGGAUUUUUAGAAGUAGAAGCUCAAACUGUUUGGGCACAGAUCUGGAUAGUAUGAUAGAGCUCUGCAGGCUAUCUCUACAGUAGAUUGCAACUCCACCCCCUUUGGCAGUUCUAUCUAGACGGAAAAUGUUAUAGUUGGGGAUGGAAAUUUCAGAAUUUUUGGUGGCCUUCCUAAGCCAGGAUUCCGACACUGCUAGAACAUCAGGGUUGGCGGAGUGUGCUAAUGCAGUGAAUAACUCAAACUUAGGAAGGAGGCUUCUGAUAUUUACGUGCAGAAAACCAAAGCUUUUACGGUUACAGAAGUCAACAAAUGAUAGCUCCUGGGGAGUAGGAGUGAUACUGGGGGCUGCAGGGCCUGGGUUAGCCUCUACAUCACCAGAGGAACAGAGGAGGACUAGAAUAAGGAUACGACUAAAGGCUUUAAGAACUGGUCUUCUAGUGCAUUGGGUACAUAGAAUAAAGGGGGCAGUUCUCCGGGCGUUGUAGAAAAGAUUCAGGGCAUUAUGUACAGAAAAGGAUAUGGAUGGAUAUGAGUACAGUGGAGGUAAACCUAUGCGUUGGGUAACAAUGAAAGAGAUAGCAUCACUGGAGGCACCGAUUGAGCCGGUCUCGGCGUGUAUGUGGGGUGGAACAAAGGAACUAUUUGAGGCAGUUUGAAAGGGACUAGGGGUUCUACAGUGAAAUUGUAUAAUAAGAACUAACCCAAACAGCAAUAGGCAAGGCAUAUUGACAAGGGAGAGAGGCAUAAAGCAAUCACAGGUGUUAUUAGAGAGAGCUAAGACAACAACUGGUAAUAGCGAUAAAGUUUGGGCUGAGGCUAAACAGAAUAAACAGGGUACCGUGUAAAGGAACAGUCCAGCAGGCAUCAGCUGUGCAGCUGAGUGAUUUCGUCGGCAAACCAGUCAUGUUGGAUCGGCGGGGCUCAGUGUCAACACUAGGAGGUCCCGUCCAGUUGACAGAGAGGUAGAUAGCCGGGAGAUGGGCCUGAGGCUAGCUCAAGGCUAACUGGUGCUUGCUAUAGGGCAAUGGUAAUUAGCCAACAACAGGUUGCAGCUAGCUAGCUGGUUGCGAUGAUCCGGCGCUAGGGUCCAGUGAUUCCGGCAGAAAGUCCGAUAAGCUCUGGGUCGAUAGCACGCUGUGCAGACUGGCCGACGAAUUGUCCAGGCUAGAGCUAGAGCUGGCUGGUGGAUAGUGUAGGCCACGGACAAUGGUGAAGACGCUAACGGUGACUAAUAGCAAGUAGCCAUUCAGUUGCAGCUACACUAGUUUCAGCUUAAGGUUCUUGAUGAAAGUUAUAAAGAAAUAAUAGAAUCCUUUCCACGUUGGGUGAGGCGGGUUGCAGGAAAGUAUAUUUAGUUAAAGAAUGAAAAGUAAAAAUUGAGAAAUAUAUACAAAAUAGACCAAAAAAACAAGAAACGGGAUAUUUACACUAGGACAAUGAAUAAAACCGCGACCGCACUGCUACGCCAUCUUGGAAGCAUUAGUGAUUAGUUUACAUCUGUCCUUCAUUUUAAGGUCAACCUGUUACGUGAACUGAUCUAUUAUUUUAAUAUGGUGAAACUAUUAGUUUUUAAAUAUGUAUUUCAAAAGAGACAUUGAACAUCUAACAGUCAAACCAUAGUGUAAAAGCAGGUGAGCUUUUUUUGUUUGGCCAUUUUCUGGUGCUUUGUAGUGAAAAACUGACCGGGUCGAACAUAACACGUCAAACCUCUAACCCAUAGACAGGCUAAAAAUACCAGUUGGAGGGCCGUUCAAGUAGAUUUUUCCCACUUGGUUAUGAACACACCACACCACAACACCGCUAACAAUCCACUGUACAGCUGUAUAAUAAAUUAGCUUUUAUUGUUUAAAGAAAUUAGGAAAGAGAUUGGUGUGUUUUUUCACUAUAUAUAGUCAUGACAUGGGGUUGUUCUUUCCCCACAUAGACAAGAGGAACAUCUACGUAUGUGAGAAUGCUGUUCAUUGACUACAGCUCAGCAUUCAAAAUCUUAGUGCCAUCCAAGCUCAUCACUAAGCUAAGGACCCUGGGACUAAACACCUCCCUCUACAACUGUAUCCUGGACUUCCUGACAGGCCACUCCCAGGUGGUGAGGGUAGGCAACAACACAUCUGCCAUGCUGAACCUCAACAUGGGGGCCCCUCAGGGGUGCGUGCUUAGUCCCCUCCUGUACUCCCUGGUCACUGACGACUGCAUGGCUGCACUCGACUCCAAUAGUUUGCCGACGACACAAAGGUGGUAGGCCUGAUCACCGACAACAAUGAGAGCCUAUAGGGAGGAGGUCAGAGACCUGGCAGUGUGGUACCAGGACAACAACGUCUCCCUCAACGUCUGUAAGACAAAGGAGCUGAUCGUAGACUUCAGGAAACUGAGGGCCGAGCACGCCCCCAUUCAAAUCGACGGGGCUGUAGUGGAGCGGGUCCUCGAUGUCCACAUCACUAAGGAUCUAUCAUGGUCCACACACGCCAACACAGUCGUGAAAAGGACACUACAAUGCCUCUUCCCCCUCAGCAGGCUGAAAGAUUUGGCUCGGGCCCUCAGAUCCUCAAAAAUUCUACAGCUGCUUCAUUGAGAGCAUCUUAACUGACUGCAUCACUGCUUGGUAUGGCAACUGCUUGGCAUACGACUGCAAGGCGAUACAGAGGGUAGUGUGUACAGCCCAGUAGAUCACUGGGGCCGAGCUCACUGCCAUCCAGGACCUCUGACACCGCCUGGUAGAGAGGUCCUGGAUGGCAGGGAGCUCGGCCUUAAAAAGACUCCAGCCACCCACGUCAUAGACUGUUUUCUCUGCUACCGCACAGCAAGUGGUACCAAUGCACCAAGUCUGAAACCAACAGGACCCUGAACUGCUUCUACCCCCCAAGCCAUAAGACUGCUAAAUAGUUAGUUAAAUAUUUAAUCAAAUAGCUACCUGGACUAUCAGCAUUAACCCUUUUUACACUCACUUUUUUGACACAUCACAUACAAUGCUGCUACUGUUUACAAUCUGUCACUUUAUUCCUGGUACUCCGUGAAUAUAACCAAGUUAAAGGCGUUGCAUGGCCAAUCCGACAUCUGCAUUGGCCAUGCAGCAUUUACGGUGAUAAGGACUCUGCAGAAGUCAGGGCAUUCAUACUUCUUGCGCUUCGUGGAGCAGCGCAGCGCUGUUGUGAUGGAAGUUGUCAAGGAAGUGAGUUUGUGUUCAUACAGGACCUCCCGCCCCCACCUACCAUCAACCAAUCAUGUCAAUACGAAGCUAUACGGAGCCCUCCGCAUUGUUAAAACAUUUGGGAGGUACACAGUGAUGCGGUACGCAGCUAAACUUGGCCUAUGCAUGCCUCCGGAGGCUCCGCAGUUGCGUCACACCCUCCAUACGGAACUUCAGACCACAUUUUCGGAUGAAACAUAAAUGGCCCUUAUCGUUACUCAUUGUGUAUUUAUCAUUACUUUUAUUAUUCCAUGUUUUACUUUUAGUUUUUAUUAAAUGUGUUGCUUGAUUGUUUGAUAGUUUGCUUGAUUGGUUGAUGUAUUGAUUGGUUGGUUGGUUGGUUGAUUGAUUGGUGAAUUGAUUCACAUCUUCCUUAUCACAUGGGACUACAGCUGACAUUUGAGGCCAGAGAUGCAACCAAUAAUGUAGUGGACACCCGACUGGGAGUAGAGAUUGAGAUUCUAGACAUCAAUGACAACCCACCUGUUUUCGAGAACAACCUCCACAUCAUCAACCUGAAUGAGUCUGCUUCACAAGGUAAUAUGCUUUAUUUGUUUGUAUCUUUCUUUAUUUUAUUCUUACUGUCUUGCUUUCUUACUUUUAUUUAUUGCAGAUCAAGAAAAACCACACGGUGGGUUCACUCAGAAUGUUUAUGAUGUGUUGUUAAAGUAACUGUCAAGUGUUUCCAAAUUUCUAUAAUAGUUAUAAUAAUUAUUUAUAAUAUGAGUGAAAUAGUUUUCCUUCCAAAAAUGUUUAAUUAAGUAUGUUAAAAAACAGCUGUUCUGUGUUGGAAUGGUGUGGGCACACCCCAACAACAGAAUGGUGUGGGCGUGUACCGGUCAUUAAAUAUAUUAAUGUGAGUGAUUGGCCAGCUAAUCCUCCUCAGGAGGAUGACAUCAUCCUCUAUAAGGAAAUAGCAAGCAUUUUUGAAGCGGUCUGUUUUUAGAUGGUUUUUUAAAAAGUGUUUCUUUCUACAAUUUAUGCUUUGGCCACAAAUAUAGUAUAGAAUGAGUCAACAACAUUAUUUGGGUAUGAGUUAACAGAAUAUACACUUUUAAAAGUGAGAUUUUCAAUGGACAGUUACUUUAAAAUCAACACAAAUUGCAGACAUUGACAACAGAUUUUGCUGUGAAACACACAGAGUAAACAUUUUGAGUGAACCUGCGGUGUGGUUGUCCUUUAUCUAUGAUUGGUUGAAUUGGGGCCUCUGAAACCAUAACUCUCUGUUUCCUCUCAAAUCAGGAUAUUUCCUGGCAACUGUUAAUGCAAAAGAUAAAGAUAAAAAGAACACAAACAAUGGCACCUUUGACCUGAAGAUUGUCUCCAUCACCCCUACACCCCCAGACGACCUGGAAUUUUUCCUUCAGCAAACUGGUGAAACUAAUGGCAUCAAAUUCAAAGGGUGUCUGGACCAUGAGGUAAGAGGGGCCUCUACUAUUGUCUAUAAUCUUUCUUUCAUGAACUGUUAACUAUAUUGUGACUGUUUCAAUCAUCCACUUCAGAAAUCAGAGAAAUACACCAUCCUGGUGGAGGCUAAAGACCGUGGAGAAGUGGUUCAGCUCUCCAGCACCUGUACAACCAUCAUCAAUAUAAAUGAUGGAAACAACCAUCUGCCUGUCUUCACUGGGCAAACGGUGGGCAACAUAAUUCUAUCCUCUUCUCUUUAUCACAAGAUGUGGUGGAGGUAUUUGUUCAAAUAUACUAAUGAAUCUCCGGAACCACAACUAUAUCCCUCUUAUAAUGUCCAUCCUCCUGGGAUAUUAUGUUAUUUCAGGGUGCAGGAAGCAUCAAGGAGAGAGACAGCGGUGAUGUACCAGUUCUUCGGCUCCAGGUUUCAGACCAAGAUACCAAAGGUACUGAAGCCUGGAAGGCCAAAUACACUAUCCACGGAGACAAGGACCAGAACUUCAGAAUCACCACUGACCCAGAGACCAACGAAGGAGUCUUGUUUGUUCAAAAGGUCUGUUACCUUUCAAAUAAGUCAAUGCUACCUAAAUAAGAUAAUGUAUGUCAUGUGAGACUUUCUAAUUUUCUGCCAAUUACUUUCUAAAGUUGUUCUAUUAAUCAUAUUUUUGUUGUUGUUGCAAUCAAAUUAAUAGCAGACCUGUAGUAGUAGCUGAUGAACUGGGCUUGUAGAUGUGGUUGCAAUAAUCAUAUCCCUGUAUUCAUUUGUUUGACUAAACACUAAAUCAUCCUUCCGUAACCCACGUUCUCCCUCUGUCUCCUGGUAGCCUCUGGACUACGAAGACGGCUCUCUGAGGAACCUGUCAGUCAGUGUAGAGAACGAGGCACCCUACUUCUCUUGUAAGGUCAAAGGUCGUUCUGCCACGGGCCUGUGGGAUGUGGUCACCACAAGGGGGGUAUCUUUGACAGGCCUCACGCCACCCCUGCUUCCCACCCGCCAGGUGACGGUCACGGUGGAGGAUGUCAACGACCCGCCCAUCUUCACCCCUGCCAUCAAAAACGUGACGGUGGAGGAGAAUGUGGAGGUGGGCUGGUACCUGGAAACGUUCACUGCCAUCGAUCUGGACAGGAAGCAUGCCAACACCUUCACGUAAGACUGGGGAUGCAUUUAACCCGCCCUUCAGUGGGACUUCUGUUCUAUAGCAUCUCCUACAGUUUUGCAGCACCUCCUUUUGUUCAUCAUGCUAGACUGGGAAUUUAGCCAGUUCUCCAUGACAAUGUUCUUACAGUUUAUUACCAGUUUAUAACUAUAAUUAAUUUGACCUCAGCAAGAACCACAGAUCAUUCUUGAUUUUUAUAAAAAUUAAACUUAAAGUGUCAUACUUCGAUCCUAUGUUGUGAUGAUGAAUACAACUUUGUUUGCUAGACCUGUAGCCGAAAAUACAGCUUACAGGCCCAAACCAUGUCUUGUAGGUACGUGAAAGGAAAGGACCCUUGUGACUGUGUGGCAAUAGACCCAAAGACUGGCAAAAUAACCACAACUAAGAUCUUAGACCGAGAGUCACCUUACGUUAAGGACAAUGUCUAUCAAGUGACACUGUUUGCCAUUGAUGAUGGUAAGAACUAUAAAAAGUACUAUUCCAAUACAGUAAAUUAAACCAAUAUCAGUGAAAUAACAAUGUAUCUGCAUAUCAUUCACAGUACCACCAGUAUGUGUCAGUUGAGAGUUUCUCUGAUUGACAGGCCAGCCUCCCAUGACUGGAACUGCAACGCUCAACAUCCACCUAAAGGACCAGAAUGACAACCUUCCAGAGCUUGAGAUGGCCACCAUGGACAUGUGUCUCUCAGAUGAGCCCUCCGAGGUCAACAUCACAGCCUACGACCUGGAUGGAGACCCCUACAGCGGACCCUUCUACUUCCAGCUCCAAGGGAAUAAUGUCAAGGGCAAGUGGAGGAUUGACCCUAACAAUGGUGAGGCUUUCCUCCUCAUAAAUGUCUUGUACACACUAUCUGGCCUCUCAUUCCUAAUACAUUAUUCCAUAUGGGCUCAUUGACCCUCUACAUACCCACUAUUGUAGCCACGUUCAAGUGCUCGGAACCUCAGAGUUAAAAUCAAUGUAAGUUAUUUGCAUAGAGCUUCCUAUUGGUUGAUUCUGAUACUUCCCAAGUGGGAAACUCAGGAUCAUCUUUCUACAACGAGUUAGCAAGGUGGACAUUUCAGAGUUUCCUAGUUCCGACUAGCACGUGAACGCGGCAUAAGUCUCUCAAUAGUAUAGGCCUAUACUUCAUGCAGUCAUCAACUAGCUAAACGAAUGCUAUUAUCGCUCUUUCUCACUACACAUCCCUCCAGGCUACACAGUGAACCUGGUGAAGGAGAACACAGUGUACGCAGGUCACCACGAGCUGCUGCUGAAGGUGUUUGACCUGCAGGGUCAGGGUGCCCUCCACAACCUGUCCGUCACUGUGUGUGACUGCUCAGGCGUGGCCAACUGCCGCAUGCGCAGGGCCACUGGAUCCAAGAUUGGAGAGAGUGCUGUAGGGAUUGUCAUCGCUGCCAUGCUGCUACUACUAGGUAGACCAUAGUCUUUUGAGUCUUGUGUUUGGGUGAAAAUACAAACUGGCCUACAUCGCCACCUAGUGUUGAUUUGGCAUACUGGCUCCCACUAAAUACUUACAGUAGAACUUCACAGAAGAGCACAGCACAGGUUAGUUUGAAGGAAGAUUUGUAUCUAAUCAAAACGUGUGUGUGUCCCUCCUAGGUUUUCUACUGUUGGCCCUCCUGAUGACCUGUAAGAGAGAACUGAAGCUGAUCCCUAUAGAAGUCUCUGGAGAACAUCUGAUCAAAUCUAACAUUGAGAUUCCAGGAACUGAUUGCAAGGUAACCACAGACAACAUUACUAUCACUACAAUCACAUGUUCUUCUCUGGACAUUGCUUUUUUCCAUCAUACAAUAUGCUGUUUUUGAUCCUAGGUGCCUAUGGCUACCAUAGUCCAAGUGGACAGUCAGGUGGAAACAAAAGCUGCUUUUCAAACAGUCAAGACGAUGUCGGUUAGGAAACAUGCAAUAUUCAAUCACCAUAAUUUUUUUGGUUCAUUCUGGGCAUAUUUGAAAACUGUUUAUCCAUGACAAGUAUAUAUUUUCCCAGGCUGUACAAAAGUCAGCCAGUAUGCGAGCACCGGUACGUUCAGGAUAUUCCCAGUAUUCCUCCUCCUACCAAGAGCAACAACAUGGACAGUUUCAACGAGGAACCUCUCUGCGCAAGGUAGGCUAUAGAAAUCAAAUAAAUCUACUACCUUUAUCCAUUUUUGACCUGUUAAUUAAAUUCUCAGUGGCAACAUUUAACAUUUUGUUUCAGAGUGCGCCCACAAAAUUACGCUCCAAUGGCUAUUGUGGACAGGUAUUUCAAAAUCGAAUAUUUCAAUUUAACUUAUGCAAACAAUUUUUUCUGAGACUUUCACUUGACAAAUGUUGCAUUGUGUUGGUUGUAUGUGUGUGUAUGUGUGUUCUGUGUAGUGAUAUUAUGUUUCUGAUCACUCAGGAGUCAAUGGUGAGCAGAUCAAUGAAGACAAGAAUAAGAUACUCCUCAUUGGAAGAAGAUCAUUAUCUCAACAAAUCCGGGCACUUGAUGACUCUAAUGAAUCAGGUAACAAUGUGCAGGAGUCACAAACAAUCAUGGCUGUAAUCAAUGAAAAAACAUUCUAAUUGUGAUUUUUUGUAUGUACUAGUUAAACUGUUUGAUUCAUUGUCGAUUAACCUUAUUGUGACUACCACUCUCCUCCAUUCACUUCAAUCUCUCCCUCCCACCCUCCUUCCAUCCAUCCCCCCACCUUCUCCAGAGGAUGUACACCCUGCAGGUUCCAGGAGAGGAGCUAGGGGACUAUGCCCCGCACCCCUAUGCUGAAGAGGGGGACCUAGAGACAGACCUCCAGCUGGAUGCUAUCUCCAUCCCUGAGACCCCCUUCGACCAGGACACGCUCCUCUACCUGGGUCCCAAGUUCAACACCCUGGCCUCCAUCUGCAACACCCCAGACCUCAGCACAUCCUAAGCCCAUCUCGCCCUCACCCUCUGGGGCAAGAGGGUCUGCCAGGACUGGCUAGUUAGCAUAGGCAUAACAGGCUAGGUCACCGACCGCGUUCCUGGAUUAUAAACUGGACUGGAUCACUCAUUCUUCAAAUGAGGUAGAACAGCAAACUUGCUCUUGCAAAAUCUGGAUAAGAACAAGCAGUGUCAUUUUUUACAAAAACCAUCAAACGCACACAGGACUAUGAAGAUCAAUGAUCAAUCAAUACAAAGACCAAGAUGGAACUCAGUGCUGAAAGGAGAACAAUGAAAUCUACCAAUGGACAACUGUGCUGUUGGGAGCCUGGUUGUACAUAUCAGGCUACAGUCUGAUCUACAGUACACUGGCCAGUGGCCACUCUUGCAGCAUUGACCAGCCACCACAAACCAACACAGGAUUUCUGCACUGAGAACACACAUAGAGAGAGACAUGUAGUGGAAAAUACUUGCAUGUCACUGACUUGCUCUGUGCUUUUAUGAAUGUGAUGGCUGCAGUGAAGUGCUAUGACAGUGAACAUACCACACCAUUUCUUACCACUUUAUUCUUCACAAAAUAAAUUGAGUCAGAAUGGUCUAAUAUUGUUUCCUAUGAUGGUUAUGAUGAUGAUUAUCAAACCAAAUGUUAUUUAUCACAUGCUUCAUAAACAACAGGU